ACGGCUCGGGGCAAAGAUCUCGCGAGGCUUGGGCGCUGCGGCGGUAGGAGGAGGACGGGGAAGGACGGAGCCCAGCCGUGGCUGCCUCCCUCGCUUACUCCCUCGCGCACUCGCCCGCCCCCUCCCUCCCUCCCCUCCCUUCCCGGGCCCCGGCUCCGGCUCCGGCCCUGGCCCAUUAGCUGUUGGGUCUUCUGCUGGGGAGGAUGUCGGGUUCGUCGCUCCCCAGCGCCCUGGCCCUCUCGCUGCUGCUGGUCUCUGGCUCCCUCUUCCCAGGGCCAGGCGCUGCUCAGAACGAGCCAAGGAUUGUUACCAGUGAAGAGGUCAUUAUUCGAGACGGUGCUGCUCUCCCUGUCACCCUGCAGUGUAACCUCACCUCCAGCUCUCACACCCUUACAUACAGCUACUGGACAAAGAAUGGGGUGGAACUGACUGCCACUCGUAAGAAUGCCAGCAACAUGGAAUACAGGAUCAACAAGCCGAGAGCUGAGGAUUCAGGCGAAUACCACUGCGUCUAUCACUUUGUCAGUGCUCCUAAAGCAAAUGCCACUAUUGAAGUGAAAGCUGCUCCUGAUAUCACUGGCCAUAAACGGAGCGAGAACAAGAAUGAAGGACAGGAUGCCAUGAUGUACUGCAAGUCAGUUGGCUACCCCCACCCAGAGUGGAUAUGGCGUAAGAAGGAGAACGGUAUGCCCAUGGAGCUUGUCAAUACUUCUGGCCGCUUCUUCAUCAUCAAUAAGGAAAAUUACACCGAGUUGAACAUUAUGAACCUCCAGAUCACAGAAGAUCCUGGCGAGUAUGAAUGUAAUGCUACCAACUCCAUUGGCUCCAAAUCUGUUGUCACCAUCCUCAGGGUACGGAGCCACCUGGCCCCGCUCUGGCCUUUCCUGGGAAUUCUGGCUGAAAUCAUCAUCCUUGUGGUGAUCAUUGUUGUGUAUGAGAAGAGGAAGAGACCAGAUGAGGUUCCUGAUGACGAUGAACCAGCUGGGCCAAUGAAAACCAACUCUACCAACAAUCACAAAGAUAAAAAUUUGCGCCAGAGAAACACAAAUUAAGUACUGCUUAUAAUAUUUUUAGGUUCCUGAAACUGGUGGCAACAUGACCUGCUAAAUUUUCCGCUUGGACCUCUUUGGUUCUCUCCCCUUUUCAAGUGAGCACCACCACGACAACUGUCUAAAAGCAUGCCUUAUUUAGCCUCUCCUGUAAGGGUGACCUAGCCAGGUACAUUUUAAACAAUGCUUCAAUGUAGAAGGUGUAAACUAUUUUGGGCUUGAUGUGCUGUGAAUGUUGCUUUUUUUCCUUUGUUAAAAUAUUUAAAUAGAAGUGAAAAGGUCCUCUGAGGAUCAGAUUGUGCAUGCGCCAUUUUUUACUUAAUGCAGCUGUUAAAUUGGCAAAGCUCUAAAAUGCACUGCUGCCAUCUAGUGAUACAUUUUUGUAAAGUACAGCAAAACCUACAGAUAUAUACAGUAUAUAAAUAUAUAUAUUUAUAUUUUUGGGGGUGGGAGAAAUCCAGAAUAAAGUAAAUGCUUGUUUCAUUUUUAAGCUGCUGAUAUUCAUUCCUUAUUGUAUGUUGUCAAAUGAGGAAAUGUGCAGUUCUGGUAUAUACAGAUGAAUAAUAUAAACUGAAAUCUUUAAUUUUAAGGGCUUAACCUAAGACUUUAUUAAGAAGUUGGUAUAGUCCACUGAAUGGGUAUAAUGAAUUGCAGUAUAUACAUACACAUGAUUGCUUUUUAUGUGAUUUUUUCUUUUGUUAAAUCAUGUAAAUUCUGAAAUCCUUUUGCACUGAUGUGUUGAACCUUAUUCUUGUACAUUCAAUCAAGGCAAACUUUUAUAAUUUUCCUUCUGUUUUCCAUGACCUUGAAAUGUUACAGCAUGGUGAUACUCUAUGCAACUAUAGUUAUACUUUUUGGUUUGACACUGUAUUUUUCACAUUGAUUUAAAUGAUUGAUGGUAGAUUUUAUAACCUAACAGGGUUCUCAUGCAGUACGUUAACUGUAGAUGCAUGGUAUUGGUGUUUUGUGUAAUUGUUGAAGUGCAAUGAUGUAUAAAAAAGUGAAUUCACCUGUUUUUAAAAAUAAAACAUUGAUAAAAGGUG